UUUUCUUCUUCAUUUGUGUCGUAUACAAACAGACGGUUGGAAUAUUACACCCGAAAGAAAAAAGAAACAAAAUAUGAACAGAAAAAUAUGGCAAAAAUUAAAGUGUUCGCAGAGUGAAUUGCAGCUGAAGGUAUCACUAACUGGUGGCCAAUCUUUCAGAUGGAAAAUUGGCAGUUUGCCCGAAGACAACUUUAUCGAUGAGUCUUACAUUGGCGUGAUGGGCAAUUGUGUUUGGCAGUUCCGACAAACCGAAAAUGAUUUAUUGUAUCGCGUUUUGGGUGAGCUGAAGAAUGACUCGUCAAAUUACUACAAUCAAGUGCGAAUGAAAAUCUCAAUUCCAACCGUUGUCGAUAAAAAGAAGAGUAAGAAAAAAACUAGUGUCAUGGACGACACAAAACUUUUCCACAGUCUUGAUUACUAUGAAUCUCUGUUGCGGGCAUAUUUUCGAUUUGAUGUCAAUCUGAGUGAAUGCUAUGCCGAAUGGUCAAAACAUCCACAUUUCAAAACCGAAUCCGACAAAUUUUACGCCAUUCGUGUACUCGAUCAAGACCCAGUUGAGAAUCUGUUCUCAUUCAUCUGCAGCCAGAAUAAUCACAUUUCACGUAUUUCGAGCCUGGUUGAAAAGUUGUGCAAGAAUUAUGGGCCAAAAAUCUGUGAUUUGAAUGGAGUUGCUUAUCAUGCAUUUCCAAACUUUGAUGAGUUGAUGGAUGCUAAGGUAGAGCAAGAGCUUCGCAAUGAAUCAUUUGGCUACCGUGCAAAGUUCAUUCAACGAGCGGCUGUAGAAAUCAACGAUAAAGGUGGCUUGGAUUGGUUUCAGAAGGUGCAAAAUAUGUCUUAUAAAGAUGCGCACGCCGAACUUGUCACAUUGACUGGAAUCGGACCGAAGGUGGCCGAUUGCAUUUGUCUGAUGUCACUGAACCACCUUGAAGCCAUUCCGGUUGAUACUCAUGUUCUAAAACUUGCCACCGAACAUUAUUUGCCCAAAGGCCGUGAAAUCAAAUCGAUGACACCGAAAUUGUACAAUGAAAUCGGUGAUGCCUUUCGUCAAGUGUACGGUCCACUUUCAGGAUGGGCACAGACAGUGCUGUUUUGCGCUGAUUUAGUCAAAUUCAAAGAGGGUAAAUCAAAAGAAAAUGGAGCAAAGAAAAAGAGAAAGAAAUAGUCAAAAAAUGUGUUGCCACAUUUAGUUUUAUUCAUUUCAGCGAUGAAACAAAUCAAAAGAUUUUCAAAUAAAUCGUUGUCGCUAAGCGACACAAAGUUAAUUUGCUGGUUUCGAAA